AUUUAUGGAAGUAUUAGUCAAUACUUAUCAGGAUUGAUACAAUAUAUAAUGACAGUGUAAGGUGAAAAGAUCAGUUCCUUCGAAGCAAGCACUUGAAAACAUUAUAUAUCGUUAAAAUGAAUACUUUAUUAUUUGGUUUUGUUAUUGUUGGCUUGGCUAGUCAGGCAUUAACUGCUCCUCAAACGGUCAAUUCAGCCUCAGUCCAACAAGUUGAACAAAUUUUCUACGCAAUGAAAAUUGAGAUCCAAUCAUUCGUUAGGACUUUUGAAAAUGCAACCAUAGACAAAAUACCAGAUGCCCUGACUGAAGCGAUCAAAAUCAUCUACACUUUCAAGGAUACAAUGUUCACCCAAGAAACCAUCAACGAAGCCACUUUAGCUGGUAGUGACAUCAUAGCCUACCUGGAGUCCGGUAAAUUUGUUAAAUUCAUGCUCAGAUUUUUCAGGGAUAUCGCUGAUUCCGCAGAAUCCUACAAAAACAUUGCUCCCAGCGCCGUAGAAAUUAUCAAGCUUAUCAACAAUUUCGGUGUCAAAAUGCGUGAAAGAAAUGACCUUUUCAACUGAUUUUAUCUAAUUAAUCUUUAUAACUACUAGUCUGCAAUCAUUAUGUGUAAUUGUUCAGAAUUUCCAAUUAUCAAUAAAAAAAUUGUGAAC